AAAUACCUGUAGUAAACAGGGAGAGGCGACGAACGUAUCCCUGCGUGGUCACGAAUAUUAAUGUGGAUCCAGGCGGAAGCUGGCAGGCUCGCAUCUUUUUUCCACACCGUUUUUAUUUCAAAGGCAGCAGUGUGCGUUAUGUGGAUCUACUGCCCGAACAUCUCCCAGAAUUAACAAAAUUUCAUUCAAAUAAUAUUUAGCCCCCAGCCCGUCAUCCCCCCCCCCCGACCUUCCUCUGUGGGAAAGACGAGUCAGCUAAGAGGAUAGCGAUUUGUGAACAGCACCAUGCGCCAAGAUUUUCAGGAGAGAAAAGCGCACGGUGGUCGUUCCUCCCUGGCAUUUUCGGACGCUUCAACAAUCAGCAUCCAAAAGAAAGGCGAAGAAGGAAAAAAACAUAUGUAAACAGAAAGACAGACAGAAGAAAACAGACGGAGCUUAGAAAACAACAGACAUCUUGUUUUCCCCUUCCUCCUCUUCAUGCCAUCUUCCCUCACUCCUCUCUCCGAUUUCUCCGUCUCCCUUUUACCCCUUCCUGCAUAAAUAUAUAUUUAUAUAUUUGCAAAGUGAAGCCGCUUCCUCUGCCUUUUGAUGUUGUGUGAGGAGUGUGCGCAGGCGCCCCCCACGUUGGAAUUACUGCACUGGUCAGAAUAAGUUGGAUCCUGUCUGUCUCUCUCUCUCUUUCUCUCUCCUGCUGCCUUCCCUUGAAAAAAAACGAAAUCGUCUGAAAACUUAGGGAUGCUGAGAGUUCGGAAAAGGGGCUACUUUAGCGCUUUCUCGUUCCCUUUGCUAGUGGCGAUGGUCUGUGCACAAAGUGUCAAUGACCCCAGUAAUAUGUCAUUGGUAAAGGAGACGGUUGAUAGACUGCUGAAGGGCUAUGACAUCCGUUUGAGGCCAGAUUUUGGAGGUGACCCUGUGCGUGUUGGCAUGAACAUAGACAUUGCCAGUAUAGAUAUGGUUUCUGAAGUCAAUAUGGAUUACACUUUGACAAUGUACUUCCAGCAAGCUUGGCGGGACAAACGGCUAUCCUACUCAGAAAUACCUUUGAAUCUCACCUUGGACAACAGAGUGGCUGAUCAACUUUGGGUUCCUGAUACAUACUUCCUUAAUGAUAAAAAGUCUUUUGUGCAUGGUGUGACUGUAAAGAAUCGAAUGAUCCGCUUGCACCCAGAUGGCACAGUUUUAUAUGGUCUCAGAAUUACCACAACAGCUGCUUGCAUGAUGGACUUGCGAAGAUAUCCACUUGAUCAGCAGAACUGCACACUUGAAAUAGAGAGUUAUGGAUAUACAACAGAUGACAUUGAGUUCUACUGGCGUGGAGCUCCACGAGCAGUGACAGGGGUGGAGAAGAUUGAGUUGCCACAGUUUUCUAUCGUUGACUAUCACCUAAUUUCCAAGAAUGUUGUUUUCUCUACAGGUUCUUACCCCAGGCUCUCCCUCAGUUUCAAGCUUAAAAGAAAUAUUGGUUACUUCAUUCUGCAAACGUACAUGCCCUCCAUCUUGAUCACUAUCCUCUCUUGGGUGUCUUUCUGGAUUAAUUAUGAUGCAUCUGCUGCACGAGUUGCUUUAGGUAUCACUACGGUACUUACAAUGACUACAAUCAAUACCCAUCUGCGGGAGACACUUCCAAAGAUCCCUUAUGUUAAAGCCAUUGAUAUGUAUUUGAUGUGCUGCUUUGUGUUUGUGUUUUUGGCCCUAUUGGAAUAUGCCCUGGUUAACUACAUAUUUUUUGGAAGAGGACCACAACGUCAAAAGAAGAUUGCAGAGAAAGCAGCAAAAGCCAACAAUGAAAAGACAAGAGCAGAAGCCAAGAUGGAUCCACAUGAAAACAUUCUCCUGAGCACACUUGAGAUUAAGAAUGAAAUGAGUGCUGCUGAGCUCACAAUGGGUAUCACUGAUCCCAGAAGUACCAUGAUGCCAUAUGACAGCUCUGGAAUUCAGUAUAGGAAGGCAGGAUUGUCGAGGCACAACUUCGGAAGGAGCGCCUUGGAAAGACACGUGGCCCAAAAGAAGAGCAGGCUACGAAGGCGUGCUUCCCAGCUGAAAAUUAACAUUCCUGAUUUGACUGAUGUGAAUGCCAUUGAUAAAUGGUCACGGAUGAUAUUUCCUCUUGUUUUUGGAUUCUUCAAUGUGAUCUACUGGUUGUAUUAUGUGAAUUAAGCUGAAGAAUGUGCACAGACAGUGUCUUUCCACACUUUUUUUUUGUUUUGCAACAAGGUGGAACCAUCAUUUUAAAACUGAGAUUGUUCAGGACAAAUUUUGCAUGCACUUUAACUCCUUAAUGGCUGGCUGUAUUUGAACUGUUCAUUGCUUUAUUUAUGUUAAUUGAAUCUCUUUCUGUACUGCUUAUAUUUGCCUCUCGCACAUUUAAAUGCUGGAGGUCAUUUUUUAUCUUGCUUUAAUAUAUAUGCAGCAGACCAGUCUAUGUUGAUAUCGCACUGAAUAUUUUAUUAAUUUAAAAGAUUUGAAUUGGAAUGAACCAAUUGACGAUGUUAUUAAGUUGUAAUCUCACAUUUGAGAAGAAUAUCAUUCCUUCUGAGUUUUCAGUUGAUGAUUAAGUAGUAACUGUAAAAAUAUUUUACUAUGAUUUUAAGCAUCUUCAAGAACCAGUAUUACUUUGUCAAAUCAGCUUCCACUCUAAAAGCUGAGGAGUAGUAUUCAUGCAGGUUGAUUAAGAGCUGCUAUUAAUACAAACAGAAUAUUAUUACUGUUCCUCUGAAGUCACAAUGAUCCAAACUUUAAAGUAGACCAGCAAAAUCAUUUAAAAACUAGAAUUGCAAUGUCACAUUUGUUUCCUGUAGAUCUUGUAAAAUUGCCUCAAAUCCAAUUCCCACAGUCAUCUUAUAUUUGCAUGUAGAGUGUUCCAGUUGGCAGUAUCAAUCCUGUUAAAGAUUUAUAUUUAUAAAAAUUACAUCAUUAACAAAUUUAGAAUAGCAUGGAAACAUUUUUUCUCCAUUGCUGAGUAUAGAUUGAAGAGGUGAUCCCAUUCAUUCCUCAUGCAUACUAAGGAACAAAUAAUAGUAAAUGACAAUGCUACAAAAAUUAUGACCGACUGGUAAAUUACAAGUGUGACAGCUUUUUGGAGCUAGUAAAUUACCAACUGGUCCUAAAACACCGGAAUCUGCAUUGUAAUAACAAAUAGAUGUUUAACUUUUUGCCAAAUAUAUAUGUAAAAAUGUGCUUAUAUCCUUCACGUGAAGAUUAUCAUUGACUUUGUAAGUCAGGAGCCAGGGAAAACAGACAAAAGCACUACUUUCACACAUUUAUUCAUGCAACUUGGUAAAAACAUUCUAAUUUUUACCUGCCCUAAUGAUCAAUAGAAAAACAUUUUUAUUUGCUAUUCUAUUAUGCAGUAUUUAACAAUGAGGACCCUUAUAGUCCAGCAAUACUCUACACUCUUGUCAGAGACAAGGAACAGGACCUUCCUGACCCUGGGAUGGUGGGCUGAGAGGUGUAGGAGAUAGCAGGGAGCCACUUUGGGAAAACUUUCUGACGUAGUUCCUCUGCCAGGGAAAUUACCUAGUGGUGGACUGAAUGUGAAUCAGCAGCCCACUGAAUGGAAUUAGGCAGAAAUUUAAAUAAUUAAAAUUGAGGGAUAUUUUCCAGGGCCACAACCUGUUUAGAACCUCCACCUUCAUGGAGGUGAUCUCCCUUCAGCCAUCCAGGAGAUCAUUAGAGUUGGAGGCUGAGAGGACAGACGGCAAGAAAAGCCACAUCAAUGGGCUGUUGGAGAGACCUACCUUUAAAUUUGUACUUACCUCGCAAGGAAACUUCCAUCUUGGGGUACUUUCUUGAUCUUUAGUGUUUUUCAGCAAAGUUCACCUCUUUCAUUAGAGCUGCCAAAGCUUUGCAGCUGCCCUUUCUUUAAUGGACCAACAACAUCUAUAUCCCACCCCUUGAACAGUGAACCUGGAGGUGGUCAAUUAGGAGGUGUCUACUGGCAUUGGGCAAGUUCCACUGCCAGCGAAGCACAGGCUCAGCUCCUCAUUUGGUCCAACAUCAGGGACCUGAAGUAGAUGAUAACAUGCUAUCCAAUUUAGAAUCACAUCAACAUCGUGUUUUAGUGAUUUGUAAUUGGUCAACUCAUUUAUAUUGUUCAUUUUUUAAUUAGCAUAUCUUGUGUACUUAUUCCAAAGUAACAGAUACUGUAGUGGUCUCUAAUCUAGCUGUGACCAUCAUUCUGCUUUUCUCCUAAGUGAUUUUAUAAUAAUAUGGUAAGUAUAUUUGCAGAAUGAAUUAUGACAAUAGGGAAAUAUCUUUAAGUCAAAGGUGAACAUGAAGCCUUUUUCUGAAGUUAUGACAUCCUUUUAAGAUGGGAUUAAUUAUUAUGGAAAAGCUCUGACGAGGACAGCUUCAGUUCAGUUUUGUUUUUAAGUUUUAGAUGUGUUUUACGUAUUGAUAAGAUUGUGUUGUAAAUGCUUGGUUAUAAACCGUAUCAUACCUGAAGUGUAAAAUGUAAAUGAAUUGUACAAUUUGUAUAUCAUUCUAUAAGAAUCAUAUCAAAAAUAUAAAUUUGUAAGGUAAAUGGCAUUCAAGAGGGCAUUAUCCAGAGAAGUAUGUUUUUGUAGUCAAGAUGAUCACAUUCAAAAAGAUAAUGAGAUUAAACAUACCAUUUAGGUUGAAAGAGAGAACUGAAUGAUAUCCACGCACGUCUCCUUUCUCCCUCAAGACCUAAAUUAGAAUCUGAAGUAACCAUUUCAGAAUAAGGACAGAAUGGUGCACCUAUCGCACGAGAUUUGAAUUUCAGUCCUCUAUUGGAAUGAGACUGGGAUAGGGUACGCAAUUUGAAAAUAAUGUUCCCAGAUGAUGUGUCCAAAUGGGGCAGUUUUGAUGCUAGCCUCCAAUUAAAACCCCACUUAGUGCCCCGUGGAGAUGGUAAUCAGGCUGGGAGAACCAAAAGGUUAUUUUGAAAACACAGAUUGAGAAAACAAAACAGCCCAAUGCCUUUAUUGUAUAUCUGUUAGGCAUUAAGCCUAUUCUUGUUAAAUUUUAAAAAAAUUAGGGAAAAAGAAGGAUAAUUCUCAGAGUGAAUUUAGUACUUUUUUUUCUUGCCCUCUAAUUUUCUGCUACUUUUAUUCUGCAAGAUAGCAACAAACCCAGGAAUACCUCAACUUUGUUUUUCAGUAUUGGCCUCCAGAGUGAGUUCCUACCUCCUGGCGCAUUUACAGUCUCUAACUGCUCCUCCAAAUUGACUCGAAUCCAAUUACUUAAUCUGCUUUCAAAGAUAGCAAGUGUUUGUGUCCCAGAAAUGCCCUGGACAUCAGGUUCCCAAUACCAGAUUGAGCUUGGUCCUAGCAAAUACGGUGGGAGAAUAAAUGUCCUUCUUUCAUUGAUUUAAAUUGGUUAUAGAGCACAAGGAUACCUUUCAGGCCCACAUGUCCUUGCGAGCUCUCCAAGCAUAUCCUUUUCCGUCAGCUGGAUUUUUUUUUCUUGCAUGCUUGAUUUAAAGAUUUAAAUAAUUCUCCAGCGAUAAAUGUCUGGGAAGAUUAUAUUAGUUCCUAACUGAUUAUAUUCUCUCAUUUUCAUCAGUGUUUCCUAUUUCCAAAUGGAGCCAGCUAUUCAGGCGUUGUGUGUCUUGAUGAAGCUUCUCAAUACAUUAAUGCAAUUAUUCAGAUUGUAUUGUGUUUUACAAUAAUCUGUAAAUAUACAUAGUUGUGGAUUGGUAGUGAUAUAUACUUUCAGUAUAGAGCAGAUUCAUGCAACUUUUUGAUUUGAUUUAGAUACUUUAUAAAUGUUUACAUAAGGGAUGCUUAGUGUUUUUCUUUGAAAUGGUCAGGACUAAAUUAGAUUGUAUUUAGGUAGCUUCUGACAGAUUUUUAAGUGUAUAAAAGAAUGUUAAACAAACAUAAAAAGAGAGACAUUUUGCUGCAUUGAGACAACCAUGAACUUAAUGUAAAUGCAAGUAUUUUUCUUGAAGUUUAGGACGUGUGCGUACAACACGGUUCUAAUUUUUGCACUCAGUAAACUUGAUGUGGUUGGCAAAAUAAACACAGCAGCUAAACUUGCACACCAAACAUUGAUCAGGCAAAACAUGAAUUGCUCUAGCACGGAAAGCUGCAUUACUUGCUCAUAGAAUGCAUAUACUUUAAAUGCAACAUGUUCUUUAAUCAUUGCAAAUGCAAGUUGGUUUUAAAAACAGCUCUUCAUUCAAAGUGAAACUUAUCACAAUGUGGUUAAUUAAGUUAAAAUACCCAAAAGUUCCAUAUGGAAUCAUUUUGUUAAUAUAAUCCAAAAGAAUUUACUACUCAAAUAUGGUUUGGAAAUAUUUCCAAAGUGGCGAAAAUGCAAUUGGAAUUGUUUAAUCUGAGAUAUUGCCUUCUGUAUUAAUUCACAAUUUGGCAGAUAGUUUUUAUUCUGGGUCAGAAACUGCCUAAUGCAGAUAUAUCUUCAGUUUGUGUAUAGCUAAUUCACUACACUGUGUUUUGAUCAAAUACCAUUGCCUUAGCCAGUUACUUAGUGUAUGUGAGAAAGCUACAGCAACUGUAAUGGCUUGAAGAAAGAAAACAUCCUUCAUGUACUUUUGAGAUAGGGUUUUGAUCUUUUCCCCCAAGUAUGAGAUACAUUUUCCAGUCAUUAGCACAAUCAAAAUUACGCACAGAUGUAAACAAUAAUGUGGUUGGCAACAUUUCAUCAGCACCUCGAACUUGUUGAAAAGAAGCACUUCUAAUAUUCUGUGAAUCACUUAACCAACCCUAAACAUUUUAAAAGAGCCUGUUAUGCUUUAUAGAUAGAGGGAAGAAGUGUGAAAUUUAGGUAGGAAAAUUAGGUUUUGAAGGAGACAUAAGGAAUCGGAAAAGAGGUAUGCAUAAAUUGAAUGGGUGGGCAAAACGUGGACAGAUGGAGUAUAAGGUGAAUAAAUGUGAACUUGUUUGGCUUGGCAAGAAAAAUAAGAAACCAUUGAAUCUAUUAAGUGGAAGAGAUUGCUGAACUGAGGUACACAGAAAUCUAGAUGUUCUGGUACAUGCAUCACAAGUUUGUACAUAGGAACCACAAGUGAUUAUGAAAGCAAAUUAAAUGCUGUCAUGUAUUGCAUGGAAUGUAAAUAUAGAGGAGUUCUACUACUGUGUACUGGGCAAUGGUGAGACCACAUCUAGAAUACCAUGUGCAAUGUUUGUCAUUUCUUGUAAAGUGUAUAAUUGUGUACAAAGUUGUUCAGAGAAGGUUUGCACAACUAAUUCCUGGGAUGAUGGGGUUACCUUGAGAGAACUGGUUAGGCCUGUUUAGAUGAAUAAAAGCUGAUCUUGUUUAAACAAUUAAGGUCACGAGGGGAAGUUAACAGGGUUGCUGCUUGAAGGAUGGUUACCAUUGUAGGAGAGACUAAAAAUAGGGAACAUAGUUUAAGUAUAAGAAGUUUCACAUUUAAGGUGUUGAGACGAUUUUUUUUCUCUGUCAGAGAACUGUAAGCUUAUAGAACUCUGUCUCCUACAGAGCAGUGUAGACAAGGUCAUUAGAUUCUUGACAACAAGUCAGUGAUAGGGUGUCAGUGGGAGGUAAGAUAGUGGAGUUGAGGUCACAAUUGGAUCAAUUAAGAUCUUAAUAAAAUGAUGAACUACUAUGAGGGUAACUGGCCUACACCAGUUCUUAAUUCAUAUGUUCACACGUAUAAAUAUGCUCCUUGAAGAACCAUAUUCAAAGGUAACAAACCUGAAUGGAAUAUAAACAUUGUAAGUUUACUUCAUUUUAAUUUUUUUUCAGGGAUCUGGUGAAAGAUCCAUGUUGUCAAUACUCCUAAACAAGUCAAAGGUUUUGAUUACCCUGGAUAUGCUUUCACAUUAAGACAACAAGAACAUCAACAAUUUGGAUUUAUUUGCAUCCUUGACAUACCAAUAUGUAUUAUUCACAAAGAUUUGAAAGCAAAUCACAUAAAGAGAGUCAUGAGGCUCAAUGACCAAAAGACUGGUCAAAGAAGUAGGUUACAAGGAGUUUCAUUAGAGGAGAGAAAUGAGAUACAGAAUAAAUGAUAUAGGGAGGGAGUUCUAGAAUUUAGCUUAUUGAAACUGAAGGCUGGGCACUAAUAGGGUAGUGACCAGGAAUUUGAGAUUCAGCGUGCAAAGAUCUUGCGUGUUACAGUUGUAACCAAGAGAAAGAAAGGGGUGAGGCCAUAAAGGGACAACAUUUAAUCUGAAGCAAGGGCAGCUCAGAUGAUGUUACAGAAUUAGCCUCAGUAAUGGUGUAAAUGUAUGGCUGGAAAACCAUCUUGUGAUCAGAUAUGACACCAGAGUUGUAAAAUGUCAGUUUUAAGCUCAGGCAAGUUGAUGGUAAAGUUAGCGGUUACUCUGAUCACUUCAUGUAGUAAUACCAUCUACUGACCUACGAAGGAAUGUAGUCAUAUUUUUAGAUGCAUCUAUAAUGUGGUUAUGCAUAGCCGUCACUAUAGCUCUCCCUAUCCCUCAUUUUGUUUUAACGUCAGUUGAUUAAAUAAAAUAUAAGAGGGUCACUUUUAUCUUCCCGAAGUGGAUGGUAUUCUAAUAAUGAUUGUAACUGGCACUGCCUCUAUUGUAGAACUGUCUGAUUUUUUUAAUAUAUAAUGUGUUUACAGUGGGCAGCUGGAUCGAUACCUUGGCCAUGAAGUUAAAUUAUCUUCUUCAUGUAUUAUGCGAAUUGUUUUUCAGGGAUUAAACAUCUUUUUUAUAUAAAAUUAAAAAUAUUUGUAAGAAUUAAAAUUAUUCAGCAUUUUGUGAAGAAGCCAUAUCUCAUCUCCAUCCAGACACUCAUUUUUGUAUCUUAUUGUCAUUUUCAAAUGUCUGACCAUUUUUUCCAUCCCUUCUGUGAUAUUAGAAAUUAUGUACCUAACUAAAUAACUUCAACAGUUGUCCACAUAUUGGGGUUAUUCAAAUUCCUUAUUGAAGCUUACUGAAUGACACAUGACUGACUUGACUAAUUUGCCAGUUUCAGUGCACAGUUCUAGUCAGACAGCUCAGAUGGAUUAUUCACCACAAUUUUAAAAAGAAGAGUAAUUGACAGGGCAGUUUAAGCAAAAAAGAUAAUUAGAUAUCUACUGGUAAAGAACACUACUGACAUUUUUUUGGGAAGUCUUCACUUUCUCGGCUUUUUGUGAUCAUAUGUGAUUGGUUCCUAAAAAAAUUGCAGCUUCAAGUAAACCGACGUUAAGUUAAUCAUUGAUUCUCAUAGGAAUCAAUGUUAAAACUGGCUAGGUUCUGUAGGACCUUCCUUAUCAAAGAAAAAAAACACUAUGCUCUAAAUUGAAAUGCUCCAAUCUAGGAAUUUAGCCAUAUAACUAACUUUUAAAUAUCCCUGCAGUAUAUUCUGCUCUCUGCCAGUCCUCUUGGUUACUUCAGACCCUUUGCUCUCUGACCCUCCCACUGGAACUUGAUACAUUAUUGUUCGAACCUGCACUUGAAAGCAUCCAUUCACGAGGUCAAAGGCCUCCCUCUACUGAACUAGAGACAGUAGGAACUGCAGAUGCUGGAGACUCUGAGGUAACAAAGUGUAGAGCUGGAUGAACACAG